AUGACACUUUCGAAAGGAAGACUCACUGCUACCUUGAAGUGCACCGGCCAGAACAUCAAUUUCGUGCCUGACAAUCUCAAAAGCGUCUGUGCACAGAAAGCAGAUCUGAAUGCCUGCAAAGAAGCCAAGAAGACCGAUUCCGACGAAAAUCAGGUCCCACUGCAACUAGUGCUCCCCUCCAACACCAAGUUGAAGUGGAAUAGGAAAAACUUGAAUUCGAACGGUGGUGAGGUGCGUACACUUCAGCCCAAUGCAUCACAACUGCCUUUGGAAGAUACCUCCUUCUUCGUCGGCUGCCAGAAAGACAACCACGCGUCAAAAUGCAAACUCGACAUAACUGUGCAAGCACGGGCAUCCUCCGUGGAAAGCAACGUUGCCAAGUGUGCAUACGGUCAACACAGCAAUCCUCAACCGCUUCUGGUCGAACUCACACCGCAAAACAACACCCUCACUCUCGAGUGUGGAAAAGAUCACCCCAUCGAACCCACCAAUCAUACCACCUACUACUGUGAAGAUGAGAAGAUGAAGGCCUGCACGAAGACUUUCAAGGACAUUCUGCCCAACUUCGACGCCUCGUGGUGGUCGAAGACUGACGAGACCAACAACCACGUCAAGCUGGAAAUCCCUCCGACGGAGUUUCCGAGUGCCGACCAGCAGUUUUACAUUGGCUGCUCCCCUAACCCAGGCGAAUCAGUUGAAGCCAAAGCUGUUUUGGCUGCCUCAAAAACCUUGGGGUUCCCAGCAGUCUAA